AAAGGCCCUCGAAUCGUGCCCGAGAUUGACUUCAACGACAUUGACCACGCGAGUGAGGAAUUCCGAGCUGAACACAAGAAGCGUGGUGUUGCAGUCGUUCGAAAUGUCAUUCCAGAACAGGAGGCUUUGGCGCUGAAGAAGGAGCUCAGAGAGUACAUCGAAGCGAAUCCUCACACCAAGGCUUUCCCACCAGAAAGUCCACAGGUCUAUGAACUUUACUGGUCACCAUCUCAGAUCAAGGCACGCUCACAUCCUAGUCUGAUCAAGGCACAAAGAUUUCUCAUGGAGUUCUGGCAUUCCAAGGAUCCCACUGCCCCAGUAUCGUCUAGCCACCCUAUGAUCUAUGCGGAUCGUCUUCGCAUGCGCUUGCCAGGUGAUACAAAAUUCGCUCUAGGGCCUCACGUGGACGGCGGCUCAUGCGAACGCUGGGAGGAAAACGGCUAUGGUCGUGGUCAUGUGUAUGACAAGAUCUUCGAAGGCAAGUGGGAAGAAUAUGACCCUUGGGAGUCGAGCUGUCGUCUUCCGGUUGUGUCAGACCUCUAUCAAGGCGUCGGUGCAUGCAGCAUGUUUCGCAUGUUUCAAGGUUGGCUUUCAAUGAGCUCGACAGGGCCAUUUGAGGGCACAUUGCUGGUCAAUCCACUUCUCAGCAGAGCGACGGCUUACUAUCUGCUGCGGCCAUUUUUCUCCCCCAAGAAGCCCGCCCAAGAUCCAACUGCGGAGACUUACGAAGAGGCCUUUCUAUCACCUGAAAACUGGACCUUGUCGAAGGAUCCAGACUCGUGGCUGCAUGGUGCUACACCAGGGCAUGGUCAGGAACUUCGCGCUCAACUUCAUCCACAUCUGAAUCUACCUAGCUCAAUGGUCCACGUGCCGCGGGUCAAUCCUGGGGACUAUGUGAGCUGGCACUGCGACACCAUUCAUGCGGUAGAUCGAGUCCACGCAGGGAAAUCUGACUCCAGUGUCUUGUAUAUCCCAGCAUGUCCAUUGACGGUCUCAAAUGCGGAAUUCGUCGCUCGUCAACGAGAGGCAUUCCUUGCCGGCUAUCCUUGUCCUGACUUUGGGGGCGGGAAAGGCGAAAGCGAGCAUAUUGGACGACCUGGCGUCGAGGAAGUGAGGAAGGUCAAUCCUGUGGAAGGAAUGCGAGCUUUUGGAUUCAAGGAGUGGGACAGUUCGGAGCCCGGGUUGACUCCAGGUCAGCAGGAGGUUAUCCAUAAGGCAAACCAGACGCUCGGCUUU